AUGCCUUCACGGCUGGCAGUUGUGGCAUUGCUGCCUCUUACUCAGCUCGCGAUAUGCCAACCGACAGCUUCUUUCCCGUUCAACGCACAGCUGCCACUUGCGGCGAGAAUAAACGAGUUCUUUUCCUAUUCCUUUUCUCCUUACACCUUCCGAUCCGACUCGAAUAUUACUUACUCUUUGGGGGACCAUCCCGGCUGGUUGUCCAUUGACAGCGGAGGAAGGCGUUUGUACGGAACGCCGAAAGAGGGAGAUGUUUCGCCUGGCCAAGUUGUUGGCCAGAUAGCUGAAAUCAUCGCCACUGACAGAACUGGAGCUACGUCUAUGAAUGCGACCCUUGUCGUCUCCCGGCAGCCUGCCCCUCAAGUUGUAAUUCCCAUUGAGAAGCAAAUGGCCCACUUUGGAAACUUCUCUGCUCCAUCCUCCAUCUUAUCAUAUCCUUCCGCCGACUUCAAAUACUCGUUUGACCCAAAAACCUUUGGAGAAACAUCUCUCAACUAUUACGCAGUCUCGGGAAACGGCAGUCCCUUGCCAGCAUGGGCCAAGUUCGACCCAGCGUCGCUGACAUUGAGUGGGCGGACACCACCUGUCGAAUCGCUUAUACAACCUCCGCAGACAUUCGACUUCAGUCUUGUUGCUUCCGACAUUGUCGGCUUCUCCGCUUGCUCAUUGAUGUUCUCAAUAGUGGUUGGUAGCCAUAAGCUCACUACUUUCCAACCUAUUCUGAUGGUAAAUGCCUCUCGCGGCUCGGAGGUCAACUAUGACGGUCUGCAGAAUGCAAUCAAGCUUGACGGCAAGCCAGUAUCGGCAGGGGACUUGACCGUGGUCGUCAAGGACAUGCCGACUUGGCUGUCAUUCGACGACAAGACCUGGAAGCUCCGAGGAACCCCCAAUAACAGCAGCCAUGCAAAUAACUUUACCAUUACUUUCAAGGAUAGCUUCUCAGAUAACCUCGACGUCUUGGUCCUUGUUAGUGUGGCUACUAAUAUAUUUGGUACGACUUUGGGAGACUUGGUCAUACGACCGGGAAGUGAGUUCGACCUCGAUCUUAGCCAGUACUUGAAGGAUCCCAGCGACGUGACCGUUAAAGUGUCAACCAAUCCAAGUGAGGAUUGGCUUAAAGUUGACGGUCUGAAACUGUCCGGUCCUAUUCCCAAAACUUCAAGGGGAGGGUUCCAGCUGUCCAUUGAUGCUUCUUCCAGGAGCUUCAAUCUUGAAGAAAAAGAAGUGGUCAAUGUCACCUUUCUGGCGCCGGAUGGAGCCACAAGCACCUUCACUCAGAGUUCUUCAUCAUCGACUUCUACAUCCACUGCUACCAGAACAGAUGGUCCAGCCCCAGAUAAUGCACGAAAUCAGUCAAGCCGCCUGAGUACGGGCAAGAUUCUAGCCGCCACAAUCAUUCCAACAAUCUUCGUGGCCAUUCUGCUUGCGAUACUGAUUCGCUAUUGUCGUCGGCGACGAGCGAGAAACACCUACCUCGGCAGCAAGUUUCGUUCCAAGAUUUCAAGCCCGAUACCCGUUAUUCCCCCAGCCAACGGUCCCGAUCAACCAGUGCCAGAGGGGGCCCGCAUCCAUGAUGGCGCGGUUGUACAUACAGAGAUGAUAUUGACCAAACCUGCUAAAUCCGCGUUGGCGGACGGCCAUUCUCCCAUGUCGUCACGAAGGCCAAGUUCGGAAACUUUUGGUCAUUUCUCUUCUUCCGAGAUAGCGCAAAGCGUUAUGGUCGACGCGACAAGAACAACCACAAGCCAUAACACAAGCGGCGUUUCCAGCGAGGACGGAAGGCAGUCGUGGAUAACGAUUGAAGGACAUGACAGUACGGAAAGGAGUGACAGCAACCAUUCCGAUUUUACUCGCUCCAAGUCGACACGCCAGGUCUUUCCCGGUGCGGACCUGGCAACUCACAGAGGGGAGCCGGCAUUAGACAUGCUACUGCCGACUCUGAAUGAGUUCCCCUUUGUACAGCCGACACCGCCCCUUUUUCACUCCAAAUCACAUCAAUCCCCUCCCUCAUGUAAUAGCGCGGGUGACUGCUCGACAGCGACAUCCAGCUCGAUGGUAUUACCUCACUUGGCGGAUGCCGAUCACGCAAACACGCCAGCACUUAGCAAAUGGACGACUGGUUCCACUGCCAGGGGCGACGCGUCGUCGGAAUCAAACUGGAUUACACUCAACGAAAAUGAAUCAGGAGAGAAUUUACCUGAAUUGCAAAGGCCUAGUCCCUUGGUCCUGUCGAACUCACGGCCCGUUGGCUCUUCAGGUGGAAAGAGUGCCGUGACGGAUGUGUCCUUUACAUCCUCGGAAAAUUGGAGAAUCAUCGGCAGACUCAGUCCUACCAAGGCUGAACGCUCGCACAAGGAUGUCGAAGACGAGUCGCUGUUGCAUGCGUUGCGACGAGGUACAGCUCGCGAUGGCGCCAAGCCUGGCGAGCGCGAAGACACCAGGUUGGAGCUGAAUAUGCCUGACCAACUGGGUAAUGAGACGCACUCUUCAGCUACAUCAGGGCUGCUAGACCCGUCUGUCACAACCGCCUCCAAACUGAGCGGUAUGAGCGACCUCGACUCUCACAUGUCUGGUAGAAGGGGAGAUGAGGCAGGUGGGGAUUGGCUACGAGAGCACUCGGCCAAGAUGUCUGAAGGAAGCUUCAAGGUGUUUCUACGCAAUGCUAUAUCUAAUCUAAUGAGCUGCCUGGUUGCACAAAUGGAGAUGCUGGUGAGUGAUGCUGUUUGCCAAAACUUUUUCCGAGGCAGGGAACAUGACUUUAUUAUUAUUAGGGCUCAAUUUCAGUCCCGGCUUGGCUUGUACCUAUCCGGCGCAUGUAGACAGACCUUGCAAAUAGAUGGCUGCACCGGAACAGACAAGUCAACGACAGGAAAUCUGGACGAGGCCGGCGAUGGACUGGAUAGAUGGGAGUCGGCAGCUUAUAUAUAG